GAUAUAGUGGGAUAUCUCUAUUCUACACCCUCUUUGGAUAUAUCUCUGCGGUCCUACCUCAUACAUUAGACGAUAUUCGAGACGACAUUCGAGCCCAGAACCGCAUACUGUCCGGAAUCAAUCCAUUGGCGUAGAACGCCAACACCGUUCGCAAUGGAGACGAAAGAAAAGACCAUCGAGGCCACCGGCGUCGCCACCUCCCCGGAGAAUCCGGAGAAUCCCUCGAACUAUGAUACCGGGUUCGUCGACGAGGAUGCCAUGAAGCUGGCGGCGAUGGGCUACACCCAAGACAUGAAGCGCAAUUUCUCCGUCUGGUCCGUCCUCGGCGUCGGCUUCUCCCUCACCAACUCCUGGUUCGGUAUCUCUGCAGCCAUGGUGACCGGAAUCAACUCCGGCGGACCGCUGCUCAUCAUCUACGGCAUCAUGAUCAUCGGGCUGGUCUCCAGCUGCGUCGCCAUCUCCCUGUCGGAGCUGGCAAGCGCGAUGCCGAACGCCGGCGGCCAGUAUUUCUGGGCGAGUGAGCUGGCGCCGAAGAAGUACGCGAACUUCGCGUCCUACCUUACCGGCUGGUUCGCCUGGACGGGCUCGAUCUUCACCUCCGCGAGCGUGGCGGCCGGGCUUGGGAGCGCCCUUUGCGGUUGUUGGCAGCUGGCCCAUCCUGACUUCGUGAUCCUUCCGUGGCAUGUGUUCGUCGCGUAUCAGGUCGUGAACUUCUUCUGCUACCUCUUCAAUUGCUUCGGAAAAGCCUUGCCGUACAUCGUCCAGGUGACCCUGUACACGUCCUUGACUUCCUUCCUGGUGAUUCUCAUCACUGUCCCUUCCAAGGCGCCAACUCACCAGGAGGCCAAGUUCGUCUUCGCUACCUUCAUCAAUAACACCGGCUGGAGCCAGAAUGGUAUGGCAUUCAUCGUCGGCCUCGUGAACACGAACUGGGCGUUCGCGUGUCUGGAUUCCGCCACUCAUAUGGCUGAGGAAGUUCCACAGCCGGAGAAGUAUAUCCCGAUCGCAAUCCUGGGCACCGUGGCCAUUGGCUUCACCACCUCCUUUUGCUACUGCAUCUCGAUGUUCUUUAGCAUCGUGGGCCCGUUCGAAAACAUGGUCGACACAGACACCCUCGUUCCAAUCCUCGAACUGUACUACCGGGCGCUUGGAUCCAAGACGGGAGCCAUUGUGCUUGAGUCCUUGAUCCUCGCGACUGGGUUCGGGUGCCAGAUCGCGUCCCACACCUGGCAGUCUCGGUUGUGCUGGUCCUUCGCCCGGGAUCGCGGUCUCCCGGGUCACCAGUGGCUGUCGAAGGUUCACCCGACGCUCGAUGUGCCAUGGAUGGCGCAUACAGUGAGCUGCUUCAUUUCCGGCCUCGUCGGAUUGCUCUACCUGGGAUCAUAUACCGCCUUCAACUCCAUGGUCACGGCUUGCAUCGUGCUGCUUUACGUUUCCUACGCGAUCCCCAUCAUCUGCCUCCUCAUCAAGGGCCGCAAUAACAUCAAACAUGGACCCUUCUGGUUCGGUCCGGUUGGUCUCGCUGCGAACUGCGUUCUGCUUUCCUGGACGCUCUUCACCAUUGUGAUGUAUAGCUUCCCUUAUUCCAUGCCCGUGGAGGCUGGGAACAUGAACUACGUCACGGCUGUGUACGCUGUCAUUAUCAUCAUCAUUGCUGUGGAUUGGUUUGCGCGUGGGAGGACAAGCUAUCGAGGACAGGAGAAGAGGCACGAAGACGUAGACGUGGUGGUUAGGCAAGGCAGCAUCGUUGGAAGUGGUCGUCACGUACCUGUCGAGGUGGAGCGCUAGAUGUGAUUUGAUACCAAACCUGCUAAUAUAUAGUACUCUCCGGAUCGGUUUAUAUGGGCCGGACUAAAUAAAACUACGUUAUUUGAGUG